AUGUAUAAUAGGCUGCGACUCUUUGUAAGCAAGAACUUUUUCUAUAACAACACUCUACCACAAUUUGAAUGUAAUGUUAAAUACUCAUAUGGAAUCUACUGCUUUGCCACUAUCACUCGCGCCAAAAAGUCCCUAUUGAAUUUGACGGAUAGGGCACUAUAUGAAAUUCGGAGGAUUUCUAGCGAAGAUCAGAUUGUUAAAUUGUCAAUAAGAGUCAAAGGGUGUAAUGGUUAUAUUUAUGACAUGACCCUAGUGGACAGGUCUAAAGUUGAUCCCAUGGAUGAAUUCCAUCUAGAUGAUCGUGGCAAUGAAGUACUGGUUGUAGAUAGCAAGGCUGUUAUGUAUGUUUUAGGAACUAAAAUUGAUUUUGAGGAGUAUGAUGAUGGUAUAGCUUCCCAAUUCAUAUUCACCAAUCCUAAUAUUGGAUCUUUCUGUGGAUGUGGGAUGAGUUUUAACAUUACCAAGCACUAG